AUGCCUGGAGUUGUGAACCCUUUAAUCUAUGAUACGGAUUUCGACGCACAAUCGACCAACGUGAUACACCCUUCAGUGGCUGAAAGGUGCUCAGAAUCCGUCGCUGAAACAUCAUGCUGGCCUUUGCGUUUGGCGCCCAAUCCCUGGGCUCAGGCUAUCGACGAGGCUCUGCCACUGCAGCGUGCCCCGGCGAAUACUCUGCCCCCAGAAAUCCUUACGCAGAUAUUCUACGAAUUGAGCCCUCGAGACUUUGAUAACGCCCGGCGAGUUUGUUCGCAAUGGAUGCGCGCCAGUUUGAACGAACGAUUACUGGAAAGCAUGCUAAAGCGGGCAGGCUGGUGGGACAGUUGGCUCAGGGAUAACAAGAAUCAACGCCGUAAGAUGAAUGUCGAAAGGACUGGGUUCGUGACGACAACUGUUGUCGACUUCUCGCAGCUCUCCCAAGCAGGCCAAACAUCCACCUCUCGCGACUUGUCUUACCCCUAUCCUUCCUCGAAGGAUGUGUCGUUCACAUCUGGCUUUCACGUAAGCAAUUGCGGGAACAAUCUCCUUGUGAUUUCAGGCUGUAAUAUCCACAUUUAUCAACUACUUGGCAGGCGCAGAGUGGGAUCCGCGCCAAUGUCCAAGGAGGACUUGGGAAAUGUUGAUAUUGCGCCUGUCGCCAGCAUCACAUGUCCGACAGAGGUUUUGUCCGCCACCAUUGACACCAGCACAUCGAAUUUCAAUGUUGCAGCUCUGUUGCGCAAUAGAUUGGGAACGAUUUGCGAGCUUGCUCCAGUCGAUAGGGGAGGAAACUUUAGUUCAAUGGAUUUUGUUCACAACGGGACGAAUAGCUGCUGUGCGAGAGGUCGACACUCCGCGAGUGCGUUCUCCAAAAAAAUAACAUCUCGACACUUCUUUUACGACGUAUGCUCUGUCCAUGAUCCACCUCUGAGCAUAUCGAUCUGCCCUGGUUAUCGCUGUGUCGCGUUCGGCUCUGAAUCUGGAAUUGAGUUACGCUGGGUUGAUCAAGAGACGAAUAUCGAUUGUCGAAAAUAUCUACCCAUGUCACAACCCUCGGAGAUCUUGCAUUUCAUGCCGAAUCGCCUGGAUACUCCAUUAGAAUUUCGGUUGAUCUCCUCAGUGGCUGGCCCAGGGGUGGAGGGUUGCCGUUGUCAAACUCUAUCAGCCGGAGAAUUGCAUCCAUCUUGCCCUUUCCACACUGUAAAGGAAGAUGUUCAAACAUUCAGUCGGUGGGCACCGGAGCGAAAGGAUCAAGUUGGCUUGGUACGAACGACACAGUGUCACCAUUAUCGGGCGGUUCCAGUCAACGACGGCAUCCAUCUAUUAUUUGUCGAGCCACGGAGCGGCUACCUCUGCAUUGGGUCAAAUGCUCCGCUUGAUGGACCAACGUGCCUCACGAGGGCGCUUGUUUGUGUUCCUCCAUUCAAGAAUGAUACGCCUAACGGAUCUCAAGAUGCACCCGUGCCCACGGUCUUCGCAUCAGGCUCAGACCUCAGUUGGGGGCUUCGCAUUGUAGCUGCUUAUGGGAAUAGGCUGGUUUUCUACUCCGUGCCACUGGAUGUAUUCAACGUGCUGAAGAAUGAGCGUGAGAGACAGGGUGACGGCGUGAUGGCCGACAGUGACCUUGCACGAGAUUUCUUUCUCAUUCAAUCAGACAGACCUCACCGUGAGAGUCUGACAUCGAACCAAAAUGAAGACUGGGAGUUUCUUCUGAGCGUCAGCUACAGACCCACUGCGAUGAUGUGGCCGUUCAAGAUCUAUGGGAAGGAAAUUGGCCGGGUACAGAACGUGGUCGAAAUAGCCCUCCAGUCUUCUCACGGAUGCGCUCGCAUUUGGGUAUUCAGCGCUUCAGGAGAGACCAACAUCAUUGAUGUUGAUACCUUUACAUCUGCGUCACAAGAUGCCUCCAAGUUCCCCUGCAAAUCGUUCACUAUCGGAUCGGAUGGGCGUAUCGUAGACGCCCAGCUGGUCAGCCGCUCUGAACAUUGCCUUGUUACCCCAGGGAAUUUGCGAGAGCGCAAAAAAACCAAGUCGCGAGCAGGAUUUUCUGGACGCCACAUGCUUUGUCGAUAUAGCAGUUCCAUGUCGGACGGCGGGCGCGAUGCAACAGCGGCUAAUGUGUUCGACGCGCAAAUUGUGAAUGUCAGCAUACCCGAGCUAGGAGGCAGACAUGCACAGCCCGAAGUUGUCUACUAA